UGAGAGCAUGCAGGGCGGGAGUAUUGCCUUGCUGUUCCUCCUCUCACUUCCUGAACACUGCCCAAAUAUGUGUAGUUACAAACACAGGAUAACCUGUAAUAUUCUGGACCUCUGUCACCGCGGACCAGGAAAUAAUAUCCUACAGCAAAGAUUAUUUGCACAAGCUGCUGUAAAGCAUGUUCCUGUGGGAAUUUCUGGCACUGCUCCUGCUGAUAACUGUUCAUAUAGGCAAAGCUAAGGACUGCGAUGAAUUUACAGAUCUAAAUUUCAGUCAUACAUUCAUCGGAACCAGCCUCAAAAUUAGGCUGUUGCUGUAUACGAGGGAGAAUGGCACCUGUGGUACCCUCAUGUCCCACACCGACCUGUCCGCCCAUCCCCAGUUUAACUUCUCCAGACCAACCACCUUCAUCAUUCACGGGUACCGGCCCACAGGAUCUCCACCAAAAUGGUUACACACUCUCACGGAGCUGCUGCUGGCCAGAGAGGACCUGAAUGUCAUAGUAGUGGACUGGAACAACGGAGCUGCUAAUUUGAAUUAUUUUAAGGCAGUGGAGAACACACACAAGACGGCGGAAAAUCUCACUGCUUUCAUUGAAAAGAUGCGGGAACAUGGUGCUUCUUUGAGCUCCAUCCACAUGAUCGGAGUCAGUCUUGGUGCUCAUAUAUCAGGAUUUGUAGGUGCCAGCCUGAAUGGAUUAGUUGGAAGAAUCACAGGUCUUGAUCCUGCUGGGCCUCAGUUCACUGGCACUCCGCCAAAGGAUCGACUGGACCCUACUGACGCUCAGUUUGUGGACGUCCUGCACACGGACAUAGAUGCCUUGGGCUUCAGAGAAUCUCUGGGUCACAUUGAUUUCUAUGCUAAUGGAGGAACAGACCAGCCUGGCUGCCCAAAGACAAUCUUUUCUGGAGGAGCCUAUUUUAAAUGUGACCACCAGAGAUCAGUGUUGCUCUACAUUGAGUCUGUGAAUAGGACGUGCAUGAGCAAGGCCUACCCCUGUUCCUCCAACAAAGACUUUCUGGAUGGUAACUGCUUGAACUGCGACCGGUUUGGUGAUGCCGGAUGUCCUGAGUUUGGUUAUAACAUCAUGAAGUGGAAAGAUGUCCUGCUGAAGCUUGGCCAAACAAAAACUUUCUUCACCACAAAUGCAGUCUCUCCAUUCUGCAUGACAAACUACAGGGUGGAUGUGAUGAUAUGGAACAAAGAUGUGCGCUGGGGAUACAUUACUGUUAAACUUCAUGGUGAUGGUAAAGAGGCAGUGGCAACCAUUGACCAUAAAGCUGCAAAGUUCAAGAGGUACACAGAGACCAAACUGUUUGCCCAGUUUGACAAAGACAUCCAGUCGGUGAAAAAGGUGUCUCUCAAAUUCUCCACCGGGAACGUAUGCAAGCCCAAAUAUAAGCUCCGUGUCCUCCGAAUUCGUCUCACUCAUCUAGAGCGCAAUGAUAGGCCUCUCUGUCGAUACGACAUCGUCCUAGAGGAGAACAAAGAGUUCUCCUUCAGGCCCAUUCCUUGUCAAGAAUCCAACUUCUGAGACAAAUCAGCCCCCGUGUCAAAAGAUUUCACAGCUCGCACUGGAAGACGUUCGGCUGACUCUUCAGCCCCCUGAGGAUUGUACAGGACUGUAGCAACAGCAUAUCAAAAAACAAACCUGGCAGCAAUGGGAUCAGUUGUGAUCCUUAAAUCAAAUGUGAUAUUAUGUAUACAUAUGUGUGUGUGUAAGAGAUGAUGGAGUGGUUAGCACUGUCGCCUCAUAGCAAGAGGGUUCCAGGUUCGAAUCCCGUGUCUGGGCCCUUCUAUGUGGAGUUUGCAUGUUCAUCCUGUGCC